ACCUACCGGCGUCACCCGAUCAUGCAUCGUCCAUCGUCAUCAUCCGCAGAAUAAAGAAUCCCUCUCUUCUCUCUCGCCUCCAAUUUGUAUCGGAGAGGACCCAAUCGGGAAGAAAGAGGAAGAAGAAGCAGAGAGGAGGGUCGGAGGAAGGGGGAGGAGAGAAGCAGAGCAAGAUGUCGAAGAAGAAGUCUUCUUUCAGCGGAUCGACGACGAUGACGCUCAAGGACUUUCAUGGCGGCUCCAUCCCGUCCCAGCUCCCCCUCCCCUCCGCCCCCGGCAGUAGCGCCUCCGCAAGGCCGCUCGAUCGGCCUGCUGCAUGGGGCACCACAGCAGCUGCAGCCUCUGGCAGGUCUGACCACCACCAUCACCUCCUCCGCCCCCGUCCCGGAUCUGCGGGCGCCGCCUCCGCCUCCGCCCGCGGCCUUGACGAGCGGCCUUCGGCCCUCCUGCCCCAUCCACCCCACAUCGGCCGUCACUUCGACGAGGACGAGCGAAAGCCCUUCGAUGCCUCCUCCGCCCCGCGCCGCACCCCCGUCUCACCUGACAACACCCUUCGCUCCCCACCGCCCUCCAGAUCUGACCCUAAACGCCCCAUCUCGAGCCCGGUGUCCACCCUUCCGGCCCCCGCCCCCGCCCCCUCCUCCGCCUCCGCCUUCGCCCCUGUCUCCUCGCUUCCUUCUCCGUCCGGCAACAUUGGCUCAACUGCUUGGGGUAUGAGGAAAGAGGUAGGAAGUGAGCCGCUGCCUCCGUUGCCGGCCCAACCCACCGCCCCGAUGUGGUCUGCUUCAAAGCUAGCACAAGCCAGCGCGGUUGAGAAGGUGUCAUCAGGCAGGUGGCAGUUGAGGACCCCCGAGGUGGAGAUUAUCAGAUCCCAGGAAACUGAAAAUUUGGAUAGGAGAUUUGAAGAGACGGCUCGAAUUGUGGUUGGUAUCGAUCCGGAUCGUGAGACGGAGAGGCCGAGAUCAGUCUCCUCUGUGGUGGCCUAUGCGGACGUCAAGGAGAGGAUUAUACAAGGAUCUUAUACGGAUAGGGCUUGGGAUCAGGAGAGAGUAAGAUCUCCAAUACAUCCUGAGAUGAAGGAGAGGAAUGUGGCAGGUUUCUCUUAUGAAGGGACACGGCCAGCAUCCAGUGAUGGGAGAUUUGGUGGAUCAAAGUUAUAUCAGCAAGGUGGUGUGGAGGUUUCGGAGCGUCCUAAGUUGAACCUUCUUCCGAGGAGAAAACCACAGGAAUCUCCAGACAUUCAGGCUAGGGAUUUUGAUGACAAGCAGGUAUAUCAAGCUCCUGUGAGCUUAGUGCAAGUGCAGAAUAUACAUGAAACUCAUGUGAGUAUGAAUCUGCCAACACAAGGAUCAGUUGGAGCAGAUGAGGGGAGUCGAGUAAUUGAGCGUCCGAAAUUGAUAUUAAAGCCUCGUACCCAGCCUAUCGAGCUGUCAGAUGGAAAUGCUGAUAAGGAGAGGCAAACUGUGUUUGGCGGAGCUCGACCACGAGAAUUGGUCUUGAAGGAGCGUGGAAUCAAUGUUGCAGCUAAUGAUGUUGACAUGAACACACCACCCAACAGGGCUAGGAAUGACCUUCCAAGGACUGAUUUAAAGAUUGAACCUAAUGCGACCAUCCAGCUUGGAGAUAGAGCUGAGAGGCUCCCUGUUGAACAAAGGACUGGCAAGGAUCUCGAGAGAAAAGGCUAUCAGCCAGACACUGAGAAAGUAGAUCUGCAGAAGGCUUCAUGGAGAAAUGAUAACCGGAAGAAUACCCGAGGGAACGAGAAACCACUUGAACAACCUCGUGCAGAUACUGACACCUGGCGCAAACCUAUCGAGCAACCAAAACCUGAUAUCCCGGCACCUCGCUUUGGGAAGGCAGCCUCUGCACUGGAGCUUGCACAAGCAUUUUCAAGGUCUGUAUCUGAUGCCAGGCCAGAAAAUCGCUUUACAAGCCAGAGGAGCAUUUCUGGUCAGUCUCUGCGUCCAUUUUCUCGGUUGACGGAUACCAGGGAGGUCUACUCAGGGCCAUCCCAAAGGCAGAUCAAUGGCUAUUGAUCACUUCUUUAGCUCGAACUGUUGAAAGAGAAGUGAUCAUCUUCGAAAUGGUUCCAGUCUAAUCCACUGUGGUCUCUGCUCUCACAUUAUUCAGUCUCUUUGUUACACCUAUCAUUUUACUCGGCAACUAGAUGGCAUGCCAUCUUGAUUGAUAGUGAGCGAUGGUUUAAGAAGUCAUCCUGCUGGAAUCUUUGAUUUUUUUUUUUCGGAUUAAAGACUUGCAUGACAAGUGCAGAAAGUGUAGUUCUACCGAUGCAGAAAUUUUACACAUUCCUUGGAACUUGA